AUGACUGAAGCGGGACAGAACUCGAACAAAGCCACUCCGACAGCUCCUCACGAUGCCAAAAACGAAACGCCAGCUCCAGAACCAGAAUACCUCCGAGGCACAAAACUCUGGCUGACAGCCAUCUCACUCGCCCUGUGCAUCUUCUUCGCUGCACUCGAUGGCACGAUCGUGUCGACCGCAAUCCCACAGAUCACCUCCGACUUCGACUCGCUCGCAGACGUCGGAUGGUACGGCUCCUCUUUCUACCUCACCACCGCAGCUUUCCAGACAGUAUGGGGAAGACUGUACAAGUUUUUCUGGCUGAAAUCGAUGUUCUUGCUUGCUAUUGUGAUUUUCGAGCUUGGGAGCUUGAUCUGCGCCGUUGCACCAAAUUCAGCGGCGUUCAUCGUGGGAAGGGCGAUUGCUGGAGUUGGAGCGAGUGGGUUGCAGAGUGGUGUCUAUACGAUCCCCGCGUUCUCGGUGAGCGCGCAGUGGCGGCCUGUUUUUCUUGCGGGGAUGGGAGUGUUUUAUGCUGUCGCUGCUUGUGUUGGACCACUGGUCGGAGGAGCUUUUACGACUGGUGUGACGUGGAGGUGGUGCUUCUGGAUCAAUCUUCCCCUGGGUGCCGUGACUGGUGGGAUCAUUUUGCUGCUGUACAAGACCCCAGAGCAAGCAGCGCCGCCCAAAAUGCCAGUGACUCAAAAGCUGCGACAGCUCAAUCCACUUGGCGUCGUUUUGAUCAUCGGCGCCGUCACCUGCUACCUGCUUGCUGUGCAGUAUGGAGGCCAGAGCCGACCUUGGGGCUCAUCAGUGGUCAUAGGGUUGCUGGUGGGCUUUGUCCUUGUCGCUGCGCUCUUCGUCGCAGAAGAGCUCUGGAUGAGCGAGAGGGCACUGUUUCAGCCUCGUCUUUUCAAAUUUCGAGCUGUGACUAUUGGAUGCCCGUUUCUUUUCUUCUCGAGUGGAGUGUAUUCCAUAUUGCUCUACUACAUCCCCAUAUACUUUCAGGCAGUGCGUGGCGUUUCGGCAGCCAGCAGUGGAGUUCGACUGCUUCCAUUUGUCCUUGCAAUGUCGAUUUCUCUGAUCAUUUCUGGUGGAAUACUCCGAAAAUUUGGAUACUACAAACCAAACCUCAUCCUCGGACCGUUGCUGGCAUCGAUUGGCACUGGUCUAAUAUACACAUGGUCGCCCGAUACCAGUGCAGGCAAAUGGAUCGGAUAUCAGAUCCUUGUGGCUAUUGGCAUGGGCAUUACGCUGCAAGCGCCUCUCCUGGCAACGCAAGCAUCCGUUGACAAAGCCGACACAGCGCCUGCAACAUCGAUGGUUGUUUUUUUCCAAGGCCUGGGUGGUGCGAUAUGGGUCUCGGCGGCGAAUUGCAUUUUUGCGAAUGAGCUUACCAAGUAUCUUCGCAGGAUGGCACCUAGCAUCAACACUGCUCAGAUUCUCAGUCUCGAUGGAGCUAGUUCGUUGGCCGAUAGCUACACAGGGUCUGAGCUUCAGGUCGUUCAAGACGCUUACAUGCACGGCUUGCGUUGUGCAUAUGCCAUUGCCAUUGGGUGUGCGGGGAUUUGCUGUGUACUCGGCUGUAUGGCAGAGUGGAAGAAGAUCAAUGUAGACGCCAAGCUCAAAGCAGUGGCUAGCGAAGACGAAGUGGCCCAGGUGACCGACGAGAACAAGGCUUGA